AUGGCUCCCCGACCGAGCAAUCCUAGGCAAUCCGUUGCGUCGCACAGAUCGACAUUAUCGCUGUCAAAGACCGAAGUCACCAUCCACAUCUACGACCUGCUUCCUCCCGGACGGUUAUCAUCCGUUCUCUGGACGGUGGGAGCCUCGCUUCUUCAUUCUGGCGUCGUGAUCAAUGGCAGAGAGUACGCAUACGGCGGACACGAGCGCCGCGGAGUGACCGGAGUCUACUGGACGAAGCCCAAGACUGAGCCGCCUGGCGGCACCUUCAAGUCCGAGAUCCUCCACGGCUUCAUGUUUGCGACCCAGGCCGAGAUCGAUGCGAUACUGGAAGAAGCCUCGAGGGAAUUCCUCGGCACUUCCUACAACCUUUUGACCAAGAACUGCAACCACUUCACCUCGUACCUGUGCAAGAAGCUCACCGGACGCCCCGGACCCGGCUGGCUGAACCGUGCGGCAAGCAUCGGCGUCGCUUUGCCAUGCGUCGUCCCCCGGGACUGGAUCGACCCGCCCGAGUACGAGACCGCCGACGGAGCUCUCUUGGAGGAGGACGACGACCAUGCACACGAAGGCUCUAGGAUGCUGAAGCAGUCGCCGCCCAGAUUCCUUGCCGAGAACGUAAAGGCCGCCAAUGCCGACUGGGACAGCGAGGAGGAACGCCGCCGCGGUGGCAACGGCAAGGGCAAGAAGGCCGUGAGAGAUACGGCAGGGCGUGAUUUGCCUACCGCGGAGAGGGCCCCUGCUCCCAAGUAG